UUACUUUUUAGUCUGGGGGUGGAGGUUGAAGAAAUUUAUAAUUUUGGGGAGUCUUUAGGUUAUAGAAAUAAAAAUUUGAAAUCAAAUGAAAAUAUGUUUUACUUUUCUAUUACGUGUUUUCUUGAAAACUAUAUAUAGCAACUGAGGUCCGCAGAGAUGGUUUUUUUUAUUUAUUUUUCAAGGCAAACUUUUCUGGAAAUAUCUUAUCUUAUUUUAUCUUGAUUUCUUGUAAUCAGAUGUUAGGAAUACAAAAUGUAACUUUACCUAACAAAAGAAUCUCAAAGGAGAAUAGAUACAUAAAUCACGUGACUCCCGUACAAACAUGGAACCGAUCAACCUGACGCUACUGUGUGUCAAAUGGUACCAAAAGAAGACAGGACUGAGAACCUAUUUUCAUUUCAACUUCAGUAAACUGCAUUUAAAGAUAACAAAAUAUCCACCAGUUCAAUGGAUAAACUCCAUUCCAGAUGAUGGAUCUGAACACACAAUCACAAGAAGUGUCCAAGUGUCAUGUGCCCCUAAUGUCAGCAAAAGAGACACAACGGUACAAGUUCAGGGAACCUCACAAAGUCAACGGCGCAUUGAAAUAACACAAGGGCAGAUUUUGGCAGUUAAUCAAAGCUUCGCGAGUUCUGUCAUGUUGAAAUUACACAACGGUGCCCAGAUCAAUUUUUAUCCCAGCAUGAAGAUCCAGCCAAAUCCACCGGUGGCAAGUCAGGCUAGCAACAGAAAGAGCUGUCCCUAUUCCACCUCCAGCUCUGCUACCAUACGAUCGUUUGAGGGUGAAUACAAAGGUCGAUUCACUUUUUGCCUCAAACUUUACGGUGAAGUUCUCUGCACUUACGAGGAUGACGAUGGUCUCGAGUACACAGAUCAAGCGGGCAUCGUAGAUAUCAUAAGCGAUCUGCAAUCAUGGGGGAGGAGGGGGGCAGAGGCGUUGACAGUUUGCAGCGACGGAGUGAUAUGGAGGGUGGAGGGAGAGGCCGACCUGCCCACCAACAGUAGUUUUGAUAUCACAUGGAGACUGGCUUAACAGUUUUUGUAGAUGAAGGGGGUGGGGUUGCAUGGGG